GUGGGUGAAACAGGCUGAUCUCUCCUUGCUUGUGUAGUGUGUGGGCUGGGGUUGGUGGAGGCUCUUAUCUUGGCCGCACUUGGUCCGCACUUGUGCUCGGGGGGGCUUUUGUGUCCGGCUUUUGCUUUGCUUUGUGUAUGCGAGUUUUUGCUUUGCUCCGCGGCGCUCCUCCCGGGCAGGAGGCGUAGGGCUCGGAGGCGGCAGCGCGGUCCCCCCGGGCAAAGAGCGAGCGCGCCGGCUUGAGCUGCGGGUGUGAGGUCUGCAGGGAAGGGGAUUCGCCGCGGAGAUGCCGGAGUUCCUGGAAGACCCCUCGGUCCUGACGAAAGAGAAGUUGAAGAGUGAGUUGGUCGCCAACAAUGUGACGCUCCCGGUCGGGGAGCAGCGCAAAGACGUUUACGUGCAGCUCUAUCUGCAGCACCUCACGGCGCGCAACCGGCCGCCGCUGGGCGCCGGCGCCAACAGCAAGGGGCCCCCGGACUUCUCCAGCGACGAGGAGCGCGAGCCCACCCCGGUCCUCGGCUCCGGGGCCGCGGUCUCAGGCCGCAGCCGGGCCGCCGUCGGCAGGAAAGCCACAAAGAAAACUGAUAGACCCAGACUAGAAGAUAAAGAUGAUCUAGAUGUAACAGAGCUCACUAAUGAAGAUCUUCUGGAUCAGCUUGUGAAAUAUGGAGUGAAUCCUGGUCCUAUUGUGGGAACAACCAGGAAACUAUAUGAGAAAAAACUGUUGAAACUGAGGGAACAGGGAACAGAGUCAAGAUCAUCUACUCCUAUGCCAGCAAUUUCUUCAUCAGCAGAAAAUACAAGGCAGAAUGGAAGUAAUGACUCUGACAGAUACAGUGACAAUGAAGAAGGAAAGAAGAAAGAACACAAGAAAGUGAAGUCCACUAGGGAUUUUGUUCCUUUUUCUGAACUUCCAACUACUCCCUCUGGUGGAUUUUUUCAGGGUAUUUCUUUUCCUGAAAUCUCCACCCGUCCUCCUUUGGGCAGGACUGAACUACAGGCAGCUAAGAAAGUUCAUACUUCUAAGGGAGACCCACCUAGGGAACCUCUUAUUGCCACAACCUUGCCUGGCAGGGAACAAUUGCAGAAGUUAGCCUCUGGAGGUAAUUUGUUUACUUCCUCCAAGUCUAGCCAUGAUAGAUGUUUAGAGAAAAGUUCUUCGGCAUCUUCUCAGCAUGAACUCGCUGCCAUGUUGGUCUCUGCUGCAGCUUCUCCUUCACUGAUUAAAGAAACCACCACUACUUGCUAUAAAGAUAUAGUAGAAAACAUUUACCAUGGAGAGAAAAGUGGAAUUCAACCAUUGUGUACUGAGAGGUCCCGUGUUUCAGAUCAGUCAGUUCUCUCCAGUGAAAGGAAAGCACUAGAAGAGUCUGAGAGAUCACAAGUAAUUUCUCCACCACUUGCUCAGGCAAUCAGAGAUUAUGUCAAUUCUUUGUUGGUCCAGGGUGGGGUAGGUAGUUUGCCUGGGACUUCAAACUCUACAGCCCCACUGGAUGUAGAAAACAGAUGGAAGAGAAUUGAUCGAUCUAAUUAUCAAGACACUGAGUCCCUGUCUCCUCCACGAAAAUUCCCUCGGCUCAGUGAAAAGUCAGUAGAGGAAAAGGAUUCAGGUUCCUUUGUGACAUUUCAAAAUACACCUGGAUCUGAACUGUUGUCAUCUUUUGCCAAAACUGUUGUCUCUCACUCACUCACUACCUUAGGCCUAGAGGUGUCUAAGCAGUCACAACAUGAGAAAAUAGAUGCCCCAGAACUAUCUUUUCCCUUCCAUGAAUCUAUUUUAAAGGUAAUUGAAGAGGAGUGGCAACAAAUUGACAGAAAACUGCCUUCAUUGGCAUGCAAGUAUCCAAUUUCCUCCAGAGAGGCAACACAGAUAUUAUCAGUUCCAAAAGUAGAUGAUGAAAUACAGGAGUUUAUUUCUGAAGCCACUCCACCAGUAGGUAUUCAGGCAGCUUCCACGGACUCUUGUGAUAAACAGUUAGACUUAGUACUUUGUAGAACAUACGAAGCUGCAGCAUCAGCAUUGCAGAUUGCAACCCAUACUGCCUUCGUAGUUAGGGCUCUACAGGCAGACAUUAGUCAGGCUGCACAAAUUCUUAGCUCAGAUCCUAGUCAUUUGCACCAAGCACUUGGGAUUCUGAGCAAAACAUAUGAUGCAGCCUCAUUUCUUUGUGAAGCUGCAUUUGAUGAAGUAAAGAUGGCUGCCCAUAGUAUGGGAUCUUCCACGUUAGGUCGCCGCUAUCUCUGGCUGAAGGAUUGUAAAAUUAAUCCAGCUUCGAAGAAUAAGCUGGUGGUUACUCCCUUUAAAGGUGGAACAUUAUUUGGAGGAGAAGUGUAUAAAGUAACUAAAAAGCGUGGAAAUAAGCACUAAUAAAGUUAAGAAUAAAAAUACCUAUUUGAUCUUUGAUACGGGGAACUUAGCAGCUUCCCUAAGAAUUUCAAGUGCUUUUAUGCCAAGAUUUUGAAGAUCUUUUUAGACUCCAGAUUGGGCUAUUUUCGAAGUCAAGCUUCUGCCCAUCAAACUGUAGUUUCAGACUAUUUGCCUACGUAGAACUGCCUUUACUUUUUCGGUUGCACAGAUAGGAAAAGCCUGAUAGAAACAAUUUAAAGAUUUCUGGGUCACAUUUUUGCCUCAUACAGUUCAUUCUCUCCUAUUAAGAUUUUACAAUUCUCCAAGAUAUAGAAAACGCUAAUAGCUAGAAUAUAAGUGGAGUCUUCACUGAUUUAAAUAUUACUAUAUAUUUUUUCACUUUCUGGAACUUGUCUACAUUUUUUUCUUUUAUUCUCACUUUUGUUUGUUUUUCCUUCUGUAUUCCUUCAUAAUAUUCUAGAUCAAUGAAAUUCAAAGUGCCAGUCUGUAGACAGUUACUGAUCCACUGAUAAGUAUGCAACAGAAUUUGGAUCUAGAGACACUUUUUAGAUGAAUGACAGUGUUUAUUUUUGUGGCAAAUUUUUAUUGAUAAAACAGUGUGCCAGUUUACAUUCUGGUGCAAGUGUCUCAUUUCUUUAAGGACUGGUAACAAACAGUUCAUGGACCACACCUUACAAAAUACUGCUUUAAACCAUGUAAUUGUGGAAUGGUGCAUUCUAACUAUCACUGUAGUGUGUCAGAUGAACUAGACACUGGAAAAGUGGGGCCUUUUUUUUUUUUUUUUUUUUUUAAUAAUUUCAGGUUCUGUUGUGGUUCAUGGAUGGUUAGAUUUAAUCUAAAUUCUAAAAGCAGAUUUAAGCUAUUUUUAAAAAAUUCCUAAGAAACACUAUAUUCCGUUGUGUAAAGCAGUAUAUUGUGUUUUCAUUUCUAUGAUUGUAAGAUGAGUCUAACUAUAGAGACAUUUAAUAAUCAAAUUUCUUUGUAUUUUUAUGGAAAAUAGUAGUGUUAAGUAUCAGCAAAGUUCAGUCCCUUUGGUACUCCUGGCAAUUAUUAUAUUUUUACUAUACAUGUCCAUCUUUGCAUCUUCCUGGGAGUAAUUUUAUUUGUCAUUUGUCUUCUGGAAUGUACAUGUAUACAUGUACCUACUAAGUGCUAUGUGACUUUUUCUAAUGUAUUACUGUAGAAUGCUUCUGCAAAUUCAAUAAAGUUGUAAUUUGAACAGU